AUGAGUGAAACAUUGAUCGAAGUGUCCACGUCAACCAGUGGAGCUGUAACACCACGAUCAAAGGUUGAUGCUCUAUCACGAGAUGAUUUGAUUCGUUUUGUCAAAAAACAAAUUGAUAAAUUGAAAACUGCUAAAUGUGAAAAUGAAAAGCUCAGAAUCGAAUUGGCAGAACUGCGGAAGAAUUUUACUGAAUCUGAGGAAAAGUUACAUGAUGAGCAAGAAAAAAGCGCAGAAAAACCAGAAAAAAUUCAACAGCUAAACAAAAAAUGUAAUGAUCUAAAAAUGGGAUGUUCGGAAUUGACGCAAAAACUUGAAAAACUAGACCAGGAGGUGAAUGCAAAGGCUGAAUCAAAUAAACUUAACGAUGAGUCGAAUGGUAGUGACGGAAUUCGUACUUGUAUGGUUCAGUUACAAAAUGAAUUAGCUUCAGUGAAGGAUUUACUUCGAAAACAAACAGAAGAAUGUGACAAGCAAGCGAAAGAAAAAGAAAAAUUGAAAAUUACAGUGGCUGAAUUGCGUUCGCUAUUGGAUGAUGCCUAUGCACAACUCGAGUCUUACAAAGAGAAAAGGAGUGUGGAAAAUGUGAUCAUGUUAGAAAUGGCCGAUUUUGAGAAAGCAGUUGAACGGCUGCAGAAAGACCUUAAAGCAGUAAAUCUCGAAAAAACUGCACUUCUGUCAGAAUUGGAGGCAUCGGUAAAAGAAGUAGACAAUAUUCGUGAAGAAAAAGUUCUUCUGAAUGACAAUAUUACAGAACUGAAUGCUGAUCUUAAAAAGUUAAAGGAAGAAAUGGAAGGCAAAGAACAGCUUCAGAAGCAAGUUUCUGCUGGAAACACAGAACGAGAUCAGUUGAUGAAAAUGAUUGGAGUAAAAGAAGAAAAGAUUGGAGAUUUAGAAGCAUUGAAUGCUUCAUUAAAUCGACAAUUGGUAUCACUUUGUUCUCAGCGUGAAUCACUGCAACGACAAUUCGAUGAUCUCUCUGAAGAGCAUUCAACUUUUAAGACUCGAGCUCUGUAUGUGUUGGAACAGAAGAAAAGUGAUGAUGGUGAACGUGCGAAGAGAGAAAUUGAAAUAUUAGAGGAAACAAUUCGACAGCAAAAGAGGAUAAUUGACAAUUUGACGUUGUUAGAACAACGGCAAGCAUUCGAAUUACGACUUGCUUCUGAAGCAAAGUUUAAUAAUGAACUAUUGGCUCAGAUUGAUGCAAAUUGCAUUUUACAUAAUCAGGAAAAGGAAAAUUUGUUGAUGACUGCGCGACAAGAACGUGAAGGCUUAGAAGAAGAAAUGGAACGUUUAAAACUAACGUUGAAUGAAGAAGUGGCACGACGAAAACAGAUUGAAAAAGCUCAAAUAGCUGCACAAAACGUAACUAUCCAAUUACAAAAACCUUCCAAAGAUAUUCUGCCAUUCAGGUCUGAGUAA